UGUAUUUAGACAUAAACAAAACAAUGAAUGCUGGCUUGGUAAUGCGAAGUCCAAAAUUCCGAAUAAUACUGUAUAUAUUAAUAUUGGGAGUAGCAUGUUUGAUGGUGUUGCUAAUUCAUAACUCACAUGUGCAUUUAAAAGAAGUAGAAAAUUAUCAUAAUGUUUGCCAGAAAGAAAAAGAUAGAUGUGAAAGAGAAAAAGAUUCAGUUUCUGCUCAGUUACAAGUUCUUUAUGAACGUAAGAAAGAACUGGAAACAUUAUUACAACAAGAACGCUCGGAGCAUCAAAAGACCAAACAGGGAAUGGAAAAGAGGAAUUUAGAGACUCAGGCAAUUCAGUCACAGUUAGAAAAAGAAUUGAAUGAAUUACAAUCGAAACAUUCACAACUGCUAAAUGAUUAUAAGCUUUUAAAAGAAAAAAAUACUCAAGUAGAAAAUAAAUUAUCAGAAAUAAAACAAGAUUAUUCUAUAAUAGAAGAAGAAAAGAAAAAUUUAAAUUUUGAAGUUUCAAAUCAUUUAGAAACAUUACGUCAGAAAACAGAUGAAGUUAACAAACUUCAUGAUCAUUUAAAGAAGGUAUCAUCAGAGAAGGAACAAUUAUAUCAUGAGAAUUCUCAGUUAACAUGGAAAAUGAAUCAAUUUGAUAGUAAAUUAAUGAUCUGUGAAAAACAGCAUCGUCAACUAAUGCUUCAGUUUGAUGAAGUUUCACUUCACUUGAAUAAUUGUAUAAAUAUGAAGAAUUUCACUUCACAUGAAAAGUUGAUUUUGAAAGAGAAAUUGCAUAUUGACAGUCCACAUGAAAAAUCUGUCUUGAAAUUUGAUCAUAAUAAUUCAAAUUCAAAUGAAAAACUUGUGCAUAUUCCAGAUAUGAAGGUUUCUCAUCCAUCUGAGAUAAUAGAGAGCAGCAAAAAUAUUGAAGAGACAGUCAUUGGAAAUGAAUUUAAUGAAACAUUAAACAUGAAUACCUCAGUGCCAUUUACAGAUUUAAAUGGAGGAAAUCGGCAACUAGAUGUUCCUAUAACUGAAACUACACUCAAGGAGAAACUAAAUAAUUCUUUAAAAAAUACAUCACUUAAUAUGACUGAAAGUACUGUGUCUAAAUUGGUUUUAAUUCAUCAUGACAAUACAAGUCCAACUUUAAAUAACCAAACUGAAAAGACAGUAAAUCAGCUACCACUUCCUUUACCACAUAUUAUAAACAAUAAUAAAGUUAAAACACAUAAUACAACAAUUAAUUCAACAAAAUCAUCAAGCAAUGAUACACAUUCUAUUAAAGUAUUAAAUUAUAUAGAAUCAGAUUUGUAUAAAAAACAUAAAAAUGUUGAAAAGAUUCCAUUAAAUAAGUCUAGCUUAGUGAAUUCAAACAUAACUUCUGAUCCGAUAAUAACUUUGGAAUCUCCUGUAGAUCAGCGUAAUAGUAUAAUUAAACUUGAUAAUUUAAUAAUAAAUAGAGUGCCAAAUGUUAGGCAUUCUUCAUUUGAAAUGAACGAGCAACCAGAAUACAUCAAACCUGACUUACAGAAUAACAGAGACAUUCAAUUCCAGAGAGAAGUUCCAUUUGAUAACGAAAUCAAUGCAAGCAGAAUGGACGGAGAUUAUAACCAAGAUCAGCAAAUAGAUAACAUGAGAGCUGAUUAUGACAAUGAUAGAAAUAUAAAUAACAUUCCAGAACGAUCAGAUUAUUGAUGUUUAUAUUAGGAUUCCAAUCUUCAUACUGAAAUAAAAUUUGUUUUUUUUAUGGAAAAAACU